GCCCGACGGGUCCCGCCCCGCCUUCAGCCAGCCGCAGGGUCCCCGGCCGCGCCGCGGGGCAGCUCCUCCUCCUCUCCGCCCCGCCGGCUGCGGGCGCGGGGGACGUCAGCGCUGCCAGCGUGGAAACCGCCGCGGGCCGCGGGAGACGGAAGUAGUGCUCGGCGCCGCGGGCACAUCCCCGGACGCCUCAGCCAUGGACGCGUCCCUGGAGAAGAUAGCAGACCCUACAUUAGCUGAAAUGGGAAAAAACUUGAAGGAGGUGAUGCGGAUGCUGGAGAACAGUCAGAGAAGAAUAGAAGAGGAAAAUGGAAAGAAGCCAGUAUCAGAGGACAUUCCAGGGCCACUCCAAGGCAGUGGACAAGAUAUGGUAAGCAUCCUCCAGUUAGUUCAAACUCUGAUGCAUGGAGAUGAAGAUGAGGAGCCCCAGAGCACCCGAAUCCAGAAUAUUGGAGAACAAGGUCACAUGGCUUUGUUGGGUCAUAGUCUGGGUGCUUAUAUUUCAACUCUGGACAAAGAGAAGCUGAGAAAACUUACAACCAGGAUACUUUCAGACACUACCUUAUGGUUACGCCGGAUUUUCAGGUAUGAAAAUGGAUGCACUUACUUCCAUGAGGAAGAGAGAGAAGGACUUGCUAAGAUCUGUAGGCUUGCCAUUCAUUCUCGCUAUGAAGACUUUGUAGUGGAUGGAUUCGACGUGUUAUAUAACAAAAGGCCUGUCAUAUAUCUUAGUGCUGCUGCUAGACCUGGCCUGGGCCAAUACCUCUGUAAUCAGCUUGGCUUACCCCUGCCCUGCUUGUGUCGUGUGCCCUGUAACACUAUGUUUGGAUCUCAGCAUCAGAUGGACAUUGCCUUUCUUGAGAAACUGAUCAAAGAUGACAUAGAAAGAGGAAGACUGCCCUUGCUGCUUGUUGCAAAUGCUGGAUCUGCAGGGGUUGGACACACAGACAAGAUUGGACGUUUGAAGGAGCUCUGUGAGCAGUAUGACAUCUGGCUUCAUGUUGAAGGUGUGAAUCUGGCAACAUUGGCUCUAGGUUAUGUCUCCUCGUCUGUGCUGGCUGCAACCAAAUGUGAUAGCAUGACACUGACUCCUGGCCCGUGGCUGGGUCUGCCAGCCGUUCCUGCGGUGACACUCUACAAACAUGAUGAUCCUGCCUUGACACUAGUUGCUGGUCUUACAUCAAAUAAGCCUGCAGACAAACUCCGAGCGUUGCCGCUGUGGUUGUCUUUACAGUACCUGGGACUUGAUGGCAUUGUGGAAAGAAUAAAGCAUGCCUGCCAGCUGAGUCAGCGGUUGCAAGAAAGUUUAAAGAAAGUGGACCACAUCAAGAUCUUGGUGGAAGAUGAGCUCAGUUCUCCAGUAGUAGUGUUCAGAUUUUUCCAGGAAUUAACAGGCUCAGAUCCAGCAUUUAAAGCUGUCCCUGUAUCCAACGUAGCACCUGCAGCUGUUGGCCGGGAGAGACACUCCUGUGAUGCACUGAACUGCUGGCUAGGAGAACAACUGAGACAGCUGGUGCCUAUGUGUGGCCUCACUGUCCUGGACUUGGAGGUGGAUGGCACCUGUUUGCGGUUCAGCCCUUUGAUGACAGCAGCAGUGUUAGGAACUCAAGGAGAGGAUGUGGAUCAACUCGUCACCUGCAUCCAAAGCAAACUUCCAGUCCUGACAUGUACACUACAGCUACGAGAAGAGUUCAGGCAGGAAGUAGAGGGGACACCAGGCCUCCUGUAUGUUGAUGAUCCCAACUGGCCUGGAAUCGGGGUUGUCAGGUAUGAGCAUGUCAAUGAUGAUAACAGCAGUUUGAGAUCUGAUCCAGAGGGGGAGAAAAUACACACUGGACUUCUGAAAAAGUUAAAUGAACUGGAAUCUGACCUCAUAUUUAAAAUGGGCCCUGAGUACAAAAGCACGAAGAGCUGCAUUUACAUUGGCAUGGCGAGUGAUGAUGUGGAUAUUUCUGAACUAGUGGAGACCAUUGCAGUUACAGCCCGGGAAAUUGAGGAAAACUCAAGGCUUCUAGAGAACAUGACAGAAGUCGUUCGGAAGGGAAUUCAGGAGGCUCAGGUUCAACUACAGAAGGCAAAUGAGGAACGACUUCUGGAAGAGGGAGUGUUGCGGCAGAUCCCUGUAGUAGGGUCCGUCCUGAAUUGGUUUUCUCCCGUUCAAGCUUCACAAAAGGGAAGAAGUUUUAACUUAACAGCAGGCUCUCUGGAAUCCACAGAAUACACAUACGUCCACAAAGUACAAGGUACAGGAGUGACACCGCCUCCAACACCUUCAGGCACUCAAAGCAAACAGAGACUUCCAGGCCAGAAACCUUUUAAAAGGGCUCUGAGAGGCUCGGAUGCUGUGAGUGAGACCAGCUCAGUCAGCCACAUCGAAGACCUCGAAAAGGUGGACCAGCUGUGCGGUGGGCUAGAGCACAGCAGCCCAGAGGCCCACUGCCCUGAGCAGGUCCCCACAGCCCCUGCCCACACGGCCAGACAGACCGAGACCUUGCAGAACAAGGCCCAGCAUCCAGAAGAUGACCCACAGGUAGAGGGGCUGGAGCGCUUAAGAUAAACCUCAGUAAUACUAGGCUUGUGCCUGUAUUGACUGUUUCAGGGAAGAUGAAGUUUUAUUGAAAAUGUGAACUGUGCCACAUGCUAAUAUGAUAGAAAUUUCUGUCGUUUGUGCUAAACUGGGAGUUUUGCACAGAAACAGGCUGGAAAACCAGGCUUUAUGGGGGGGCAAUUAUUUUAUGUGUAAAUAGAACCAACAACUGACUAUUUUGGCCUGCCCAACCCUUUCUUCAUAUACUAUAAACACGUUGUACAGAGAGAACAUGUGGAUUUCAAGCACCUUCCACUGGAAACACUGCUCUCUCUCUAGGCUGCAUAGGUCUCUCCAGGUUCUCUCCAUGCUUCAGUCUUACUAGGUCUGUAGUUCAGGCAGGCUGUGGGAGACAUCUGCCUCACUGGUUGGCAUCAGGAAAUGGGUUUCGGUAGGACCUGCAGCCUCUGAGGGAUGGUGUACACAUGCGCUGUAGCGCUAGAACUGUCCCUGCUGCACCUCUUCUUUAUACAUUCUUGUCAACAAAUGUAAGGACUCAUCUGUUAAUAGUAACUAACUGUAAGAUCUCUUCCUGACCAUAUUUAAGUAUAUUUUAAACACUGGUAAUGCCUUUAAGUUGGCGCCCAGCAUGCCCUGUGCUUGGGUCUACUUAGGACAGAAAGCCCAAUGGAGAGCACCAGGAAGAGCCUCCUGUCGUCUGCUGUGCAGCACGGUAGAGGCUGCAACAAGAAAGCCUUUGACCUGCUUUUCAUGGUCGGCUGCAGCUUCUCUUCUACUCACCCUGGGCCCAGCUCCGGAAAGAACCAGAGAAGUUGCCUCUUCCAGGCUAACAAGCCUGGUAGAACUCGCCACCCAAUUCUCGUUCCUUUCUAUUCCCCCAGUACUGCAUCACCAGCAGUACCCUAAGAUGCCCACCCGUGCCUUGUUAGUCCCUAAAGUCAAACAAUGGAAGAUACUAAGAUGGUGGGCCGGUGAACUGUAGUGUUGGAAGCCUUAGUUAUACCACAUUAAGCCUAUAAUUACACUGAUUUGAUGUGAUUUUUGACAGUUGCCACUUAUCAAAAUGCAAUCUUUCCAUUUUUUUUGGGUGCAAAUGAUUAAAUAUAGUCUUCCCUGUUUAUUUGAUGCAAUGAAGUAUAGCAGGUGACAUGGGGGAGGGGUAAAUUAUCACCUUUAACAGAUUGAUUUUUAAAUGUUUUUAUACAUUUGGAAAUUGUUACCUGGUUUUGCUGCAACAGAAUUUUACCUUGAGACACUAUCUGAUGCUGGCUUAAAUAAAGGCUCUUGAGAUUACUA